AUGAGGAAACGUAAGGACAACUAUGCCUUCUUUGCCCGAGGCAAUAUCUUUCUCGCUGCAAUUGGUGUGCCUGCCGAGGAGACGUUGGAGGAAAAGGCAGCAUAUAGAAGACCUACCAAGGGCCUUGAGAUCGUGUUUGAGGUGGAUGAUCUUGAAGCCGAACGGGAUCGAAUCGUGGCACAUGGAUACAAAUUGGAUGCGGACAUUGCCAAACAGGAAUGGGGCUUGACUGACUUCAGAGUGGUCGAUCCUGAUGGCUACUUCGACAAAGAAGCGAAGAAGCAGAGAACACCUGGCGCCACUGGGGCUGAACCAGCUGUGGCAGCAGUCAUCCUAAUUGGUCUGAUUGGCCGGAAGUAG